AUGACCCCCUGCAGUGCCCUCAAACACAAAUGGAUGAGGUCGUUGGCCGCAGCCUCCCUAAGGAAAUUCCCUAUCCGAAUCAAAUCAGGCAACGAUUGUAAAAUCCUGGAGGGUUUUGGACCUAAAUUGUGUGCAAUGGUCGACCAAAGACUGGCACAGACAAAUCCUGAGACAACAAGGACUACAAAUCCUUGCAAUCCAACUCGCCCAGUGUCGUCAUAUUCUGAGGGAUCUGCCGAAGGGACCAGACUGUGGUCAACCAUCAGCGCGGAAAUAGAUUUGGCGGGCUCGGGGGCUCAGUCGAGUGAGUUGACAGGAGGGGAGAGGACGGUAGUGCAUCCGAGUGAGGGAGGGCGGAUUGUGCUGUACGUGGAUAAUUGUGAGUUCUGUGGGAAUCGGAAUGAACAGCUCUUCCGGGAGUUGGCCAGUAUUGACUACUGUGUCACCAAACUGGUUGUGGGGGAUUAUUUGUGGGUGUAUUCAAGGCAUUCUGAGCACCCUGUGUGUCCACAUGAUGACGAUGUGGUGCUUGAUUUUAUUGUGGAGAGGAAACGAAUUGACGACCUUGCCUCGUCUAUAAUUGACGGACGUCUCCACGAGCAGAAGGUAUUGGACAGGCCUAAAUGACAGCAUCGCCUCAAAACGACAGGAAUUAGGAAUAUAAUGUAUGUGGUCGAGGAUGGUAGAAAAGGGGCACUCUACUGCUCACUCAACUCG